AUGGAGCCGCGCCUCGCCCCCCGCGGCCCCGCGCUGCUGCUCUGCCUGGGUUUUCAUCUUCUACAUAUAGUUCUCGGAACCACUGUGAUUCCUUCGUGUAUCCCAGGAGAAUCUGAAGACAACUGCACAGCUCUAGUGAAGACAGAAAACAGUCCACGUGUGGCUCAAGUGUCAAUAACAAAGUGCAGCUCUGACAUGAAUGGCUACUGUUUGCAUGGACAAUGCAUAUUCCUGGUGGACAUGAGUGAAAAAUACUGCAGGUGUGAGGUGGGUUAUGCUGGUGUGCGAUGUGAACACUUCUUUUUAACGGUCCAACAACCCUUGAGCAAAGAAUAUGUAGCUCUGACCGUGAUUCUUAUUCUCUUCCUUCUUCUCUUAAUCGCCGCCUGCAUAUACUACUUCUGGAGAUGGUACAGAAAUCGAGAAAUUAAAAAGUCAAGGAACGAGUAUGAAAGGGUGACCUCAGGAGAUCUGGCGUUGCCACAAGUCUGA